UGGAACAUAGUUUUAAGAAUAUGUAUCAAGAGAAUUGCCCGCCUAGGAUGAGUCGUUUCUAGUAUCUGUGUCAAAGAGCUCCCUCUUGGCCUCAUCACUUUUCAUUCUCUUCUAUCUAACAAAAAGAACAGUAGGCAGCUCAUUUUUUUCCAAUCUUCUAGCUGAUGCAGUCUCGCGCAUGGUCGCGGCUAAAUAGUUACUACAGAAGAGCAACACUGCCCAUAUCAGACCAUGUUAGUUCCAACCAACUAUCAAAUCCGCUACGUUCGAUUUCCUCUUCCAGCUAUACCAAAUCGAACGUAACACGACCCGAAUGGCUGAUCUCGACUCUAUGCAAAGAAGGUAGAAUCACAGAAGCACGCAAGCUGUUCGACGAAUUACCCGAGAGAGAUGUGAUCACAUGGACGGAUGUGAUCAACGGGUAUAUCAAGUCAGGGAACAUGAGCGAAGCUAGAGAGCUCUUCGACAGGGCUGAUUCCAGGAAAAAUGUGGUGACGUGGACAGCCAUGGUUCGUGGGUACUUGCAAUCCAAGCAAUUCUCUGCAGCUGAGAUGCUUUUCCAGGCGAUGCCGGAGAGAAAUAUAGUUUCUUGGAACACUAUGAUUGAUGGGUACGCUCAAAGCGGGAGAAUUGACAAGGCCCUGGAACUGUUCGAUGAAAUGCCUGAGAGAAACAUUGUUUCUUGGAACACGAUGAUUAAAGGGCUUGUGAUGCGUGGGAGGAUGGAAGAGGCUAUGAGUUUGUUCGAGAGGAUGCCUGUAAGGGAUGUCAAGUCAUGGACUGCUGUUGUGGAUGGAUUAGCGAAGAACGGUAAGGUGGAUGAAGCGAGACGGGUUUUUGAUUGUAUGCCUGAGAGAAACAUCGUUUCGUGGAACGCGAUGAUCACUGGUUACGCACAUAACAAUAGGAUAGAGGAAGCUGACCAACUCUUUCAAGUGAUGCCGGAGAGAGACUUUGCGUCUUGGAAUACGAUGAUCACAGGGUUUAUACGGAAUGGCGAAGUAAACAGGGCGUGUUCUUUGUUUGAACGGAUGCCUGAAAAGAAUGUUAUAUCCUGGACCACAAUGAUUACAGGAUACGUUCAGGUUAAAGAAAACGAAGAUGCGUUGAAAGUUUUCUCAAACAUGUUGAGGGAUGGUUGUGUUAAGCCUAACGUGGGAACUUACGUGAGCGUUCUAAGUGCAUGUAGUGACAUGGCUGGUCUUGUGGAAGGACGGCAGAUUCACCAGUUGAUAUCUAAGUCUGUCCACCAGAAGAACGAGAUCGUGACUUCAGCGCUUAUUAACAUGUACUCAAAAUGCGGUGAGCUGGUAGCUGCGAGGAAGAUUUACGAUUCUGGGAUGGUAAGCCAGAGGGAUUUGAUAUCAUGGAACAGUAUGAUUGCUGUUUACGCACACCACGGGCGUGGGAAAGAAGCGAUUGAAAUGUAUGAUCAGAUGCGGAAGCACGGGUUCAAACCAAGUGAGGUGACCUAUCUUAACUUGCUAUCUGCUUGUAGCCAUGCCGGUUUGGUGGAUAAAGGAAUGGAGUUCUUUGAGGAGCUCGUGAGAGACGAGUCACUUUCUGUGCGAGAAGAUCACUAUACGUGUCUAGUGGAUCUCUUUGGUCGGGCUGGUAGAUUGAAAGAUGUGUUUAAGUUCAUCAACAGUGUCGACGCUAAGCCAUCAGGUUCCGUCUAUGGAGCGCUCUUGUCGGCUUGUAAUGUUCACGGUGAAGUGAGUAUUGCUUCCGAGGUGGUGAAGAAGGUUCUGGAAACAGGGGCGGAUGAUGCUGGGACGUAUGUAAUGAUGUCUAAUAUAUAUAAACGGAGUGGGAAAAGGGAGGAAGCUGCAGAGAUGAGGAUGAGGAUGAAGGAGAGAGGGUUGAAGAAACCGCCUGGUUGUAGUUGGGUUAAGGUCGGGUUUCGGUGGCAUGCUUUUGUAGUUGGACACUUGUCUCAUCCUCAGUUUGAAGCUCUUGAUUGGGUAGUAACAGGUCUUAGCAACAAAAUGAGGAAGAGCAAGAACAUGACUCCAGAUGUUGAAGAAGAUGAGUUCUUAUCUAUUUGAGUUACGCCUGGUCUUAUAAAUUUAUCAUUAUUAUUUUUGUCAGAUUCCAUCUUUUACCAUUUUAUACUGAAUAAUACAGUUAUUCAUUCUUCUCUGUUAUAUAAAAAAUGAU